CUUGGAAGAAAAUACUCGCCUCCCUCCCGUUCAUGGAUCUCUCGAGCUUGUCAGCUAGCACAAGUCUGCCUGUUUCAACCAGCAUAUUUAUGGUUUAAUGCUUUUAAUGAACAACAGCCAAUAAAAAAUAUCCGUUAUGGCUUCUCGAGCAGGUCCGAGAGCAGCAGGCACAGAUGGUAGUGACUUUCAGCACCGGGAGCGGGUUGCCGCACACUACCAGAUGAGCGUUGCCCUGAAGUCUGAAAUCCGUAAACUCAACAUUGUUCAUGUGCUGAUCUGGGUGCUAAUGGCAGCUCAGGUGACAGUCAGCCAGCUGAGCCUGGUGUCGCACAAGGUUGUUGCCUCUCCAUACCAGUGGGAGUACCCGUACCUCCUGAGCAUAAUUCCCUCAAUCUUCAGCUUCUUGGCAUUGCCCCGCAACAACAUCAGCUACUUGGUCAUCUCCAUGAUCAGUGCCGGGCUCUUCUGCGUGGCCCCGCUGAUCUAUGGCAGCAUGGAAAUGUUCCCCGUGGCACAGCAGCUCUAUCGGCACGGCAAAGCCUACCGAUUCAUAUUUGGCUUUUCUGCCGUGACGGUUAUGUACCUGGUGAUCGUCAUUGCUGUGCAGGUGCACGGCUGGCAGAUCUACUACAGCAAGAAGCUGCUGGACCAGUGGUUCACCAGCACACAGGAGAAGAAGAAGAAAUGAGUCCACUGUGGACAAGAGGAUCUCAGAGCUGAGGCGUUUUUUUUGGAAACCAGACACAGAACUGGUGGAUUAAGACAGCCAAGACCAAGAGAAGAGACUCUCAAAACUAUUGUGGUCCUUCGUCAUCGUUUUCUAUAUUUAUAUUUGACAGUAAUAACAUCAUUGUUCAAUUGUUCGCAGAAAAAUCAUUCCCUGCGUUGCUUGUGACUGCUGCCAUCACUCUGUACAUCAAUCCUCCUGGCAUUUAAAAUAAUAAACUGUAAAUGUUUAC